UAGGUCCACAUCUGGCACAUCUGGAUACUAAAAUAAUGAGAAAACAGUCACUGGUGGUGUAAAUAGUGGAGCAUUGUCGUAAAAUCGUUGAAUGCACGCUAAGCAAUUAGUGCGGGCUAUCGCAUUACAUUCCGCUGUUCGCUGGUAGAGGUGGUAGAGCGUUGAUUCUGUGAAUUAUUUAUCAUAACGUUACCAUAAGGAUUCACUAACCCUGUUCUCAUCUUUCACAGCGCUCGAGAGAGGAUAAAGGGUUAAGCCGUUUUAUGAUUGUGGUGCCAUAGGCUACUAGGCUCCUUCUCUAACCAAAAGCAGAGAGGGGAAUGAACAGAUCAGGCCGGACAGAAUCGUAAGGCAUAUCCCCGGAAUAGGCAUCAUUUCGAAGCGAAGACGGGCAUGGCCACGCUAGAUCAUCGAACAUGAUGGGGACAAUCCUAGAAGAACGCGCAACGACAAACAACUCGCACAAACCGCCCUCCAAUAAAAGGCAGACCACAAAACCCCAGUGGAUUAACGGAGCGCUAACAAAGCAGAGCAAAAAAGUUUUCAAGCCCGUGGUGCCGAAUGGUCCAUUAAGAGAAACCAAAAUUCCAGUGCCUGAGAGUGGUUAUCAGCCAAAAAGGAGAAGCAAACCUGAUCAACCCCCACAGGUGGACACCUCAAGCACACGGAGACAUCUGAACCCUAAGACAGGGCCACAGCUGUCUUCCCUAUGGGAGACGAGAGAGAGGCCACCGAAACAGGUCUCUCAUUCCAAAAAUAACAAAGAUAUGAGCCACAGAGGCCCAGGUAGAGGGCACUGCCAUGUUUCCCAGUGCCUCAGCCAUCCGUCAGAACUGAGGAGCGACAGCUUUCGGGAGAGAAGGCCGAGUUUAGGCCGAGCCAAUACCGGUGAGGACUCAGACAGUGCUAGUGACCUCUCCGACACGGAGAGAGCCCCCGCGCCCCCCACCCCUGGCACGCCGCCAAAUCUGAACCUGAGAGCCGAGGUCAUUGACCCCGCUGAGUUUCAGCGCCCUAGGGGUAUCCCCCAGCAGCAGCGGCAGCCCCAGUGCCAGUUCAGUAAGAGCUACCCGGACUUCCUGCCCCCGCCUUUCAACGCCUGGAGCCUGCGGCAGCUGGCUGUGUUCCUCAACACGGAGGGCAAAGGCGUGCCGCGGCCCCGACCUGUGGGUCAGCUGGAGAAGUACCUGGAGCGACUGCUGAAGCUGGAGUGGCAUCAGAGCCAGACGAUCCAGGAUGAGACAGGCGGCGACGAGGGAGGCAGCAGGGGUGCCCCCCGACCUUCCUGUUGCCCUCGGCCCCACAGCACUCCCUCUGCCAACCUGAGUACCCCCAAAAGCAUCCUCCAGUGCCAGCGGGCUUUCCCCCUCGCCCUGCUCUCCUCCAUCACCCACCCCAUGCCAGUUCAGCAGGUGGGCUGUGCAUGCCCGCACUGCCACGCCCGCUACCCGCACUGCAACGGCUCCUGCCGGACGUAUGCCUACCAGCACAACAUACACCCGAGCCCUCUGGUGGAGCGCAGGGGCCGCGCAACCGUUCCCAAGAGAAGCAGCAGCGAGAACCGCACCCAGGCGACCGAGCCUGCUUACCCAUCCCGUGGCUACAAGCCAGGGAGCUUCAAUGGGAGCAGUCACCUGAGACGCAUGCAGGCUGCCGGAAACAUUCGCAACCCAUCGCUCAGCCCUCCAAGGCUCCAGCCCCUGCGGCCUGUGUUUACAUCCAUGGAGGCUGGGGCCGGGCCCAGGAGGGAAAGAAACCCAACCAGCGGAGGUGAUACUCUGGGGAGGGAGGGGAGGGAAGGAAGGGAAGGAAGGCCGGUCAGCCAGAGACGGAGAGCUGUCUCAGAGAGAAGGAAGGUCGUGUCCAGUGUGAAGCAGUGGGAUUUGAAAGUGGACGCUCUUGCUGCUGAACAGGCAGCCAAGCUGAAAGACUUGGUUUCUGGCAGAUCAACUGGGAGGAUGAGGCGUGUUGAAUUUGUCACGUGACUUUUAAAAGAAUGUAUUAUUGUAACAAGCACAUUUUCAAUUGUCACAUACUGUAGCAUCAUUGAUCAAAUUAUCAUCUUGCAUUUUAUAAACCUGUCGAUCCUGAUGUUGAAAUCUCACAAAAUUAAAUAUUUUGUCUUUUA